AUGGCGGGCUUCCUGCGCCUGCUGCGGGGCUACCUGCUGGCCGACCUGCUGGCCCUGCUGUGCCGCGCGCAGGAGAAAGCCGGCCCGCAGCACGUGGGCAGCAUCGUCAUGCUCUCCGGGGGGAACCAGAGCGGGCUGGGGGGCCCGGGCGAGCCCUCGGAGGCGCCCCCCAGCCCGGAGGAGUGCCGCGGCUACUUCGACGUGAUGGGCCAGUGGGACCCCUCCUUCAACUGCAGCGUGCGCGAGUACCCCUUCUGCUGCGGCACUUGUGGCUUCCGCUUCUGCUGCAAGUACCAGAAGGGCCGCCUGGACCAGGACGUCUGCACCAACUACGACAAGCCCCGCUGGGUGAGCGCCGGCAAGCCCCCCAUGCGCCCCGUCGACUCGGCCCACGACCCCACCCGGGACAAGACCAACCUCAUCGUCUACAUCAUCUGCGGGGUGGUGGCCGUCAUGGUGCUGGUGGGCAUCUUCACCAAGCUGGGGCUGGAGAAAGCGCACCGACCCCAGCGGGAGCACAUGUCCAGAGCUCUUGCUGAUGUUAUGAGGCCAGAAGCGCCCUGUACGACGGAUCAUAUGGAACGAGAUCUCAACAUUGUGGUCCAUGUGCAACAUUAUGAGAACAUGGAGAACCGGCCGCCUGCCAAUAACUUGCAUGCAACACAGAUGAAUAAUGUGGUGCCGACCUCUCCCCUCCUUCCUCAGCUAACACAUCCACACUCCUUUCCAAGUAUGGGACAGAUCACAAACCCAUAUGAACAGCAGCCUCCAGGGAAGGAACUCAACAAGUACGCGUCUUUAAAGGCAGUGGCUGACAAGGUCAACGAUGAUUUCUACUCAAAACGGAGGCAUCUUGCAGAGCUGGCGGCCAAAGGGAGCCUGCCCCUCCAUCCGGUUCGUGUUGAGGAGGAUCGGCCGUACAUUCUGGAGGGCGGUACGAUGAAACAAAAUGGACAGAAGUCCAAAGCCACAAAGCCACAUAUGCAUCCCUUAGCAUACAAAACCUGGGACCCUAGUGACCAGUCCCUACGCCGGCAGGCCUAUGCAACCAAAGGGAGAAACCUUGGAGGAGAACCAGCCGUGAGUGACCCGCUGACCACACGAAGUCAGCACUACUUACCCACACAGCCAUACUUCAUCACUAACAGUAAGACAGAGGUGACUGUUUGA